GGCGUCGUCAUCGUCGUCGUCGUCGUCGUCGUCGAGCGGCAACGAAUCAAUAUCGCGGUGGCUGCGCGCGCGCUAGGUCCUGGUGGUCUAGACUAGCCAAGUUGCCGUCACGAGGACGCGCCGAGGCCCGGUAAAGAGUGCGACGCGGGGAUGAACCGUGGAUUGUGAGCCGAGCAGGCGAGCACACGUAGACGUCAGCUGCAACAUGGCCAAGAACGCAGGCGAGAGCAGAAUACCGUUGCCUCGGACGGUAAGGCCCUCGCUACUACCAAAGCUCCGGGCCCACGGAACUAGCAAGAUAAGCGUCGGACCCAUCGGUAGUCAUCGACGAUCGCCCGUCUACUGCGGGAAUCACAAGCAAUUCGGCAGCGGGACAACCGAGCAGACCAAGUCCCGGAGUCUGCUGACCCCUGAUAAGGACGAAGAUAAAAAUUAUUCUAUUUCGUCAAUAUGGAAUACAACAGCGGAAAACAAGGAUGCGGACCACCUCAUGCGUUUAAAUGAAGAAAAACUUGGAAUUCUUCGCUCGCAGGAGGACCUCGUGAAUUUUACGUGCAUCAAGAAAAAGAAGCAGCAACAGCAGGAGGAGCAGGUCGAUGCUUGUCCGAAUAACGACAAGGGCCCCGUUCUCGGUGGUAUCGGCAACGACUACGCUAUCGAUUCUCCGGUAGGGACGACGCCGCACUACUUGAUGCUGACCAAGCAAAACUCGUUCGAGCACGAUGAGAGCUUAGGCAUCCUCACGCCCGAUCAGAUGACCGACUUCACGGUGGCCCUCGAGUCCUCGAGAACGCCUUCCUGCGAGAAUCUUUCGGGUCACGCUAAUUCAGACAAGUUUCUAUUUGGCAAAAGCAGUGCUGUAGUUACCGCUGCGGCACGUCAUUUUGACAUCGCCGCCCGAGUGCCGUCGAUCGAGGCAUUCAUACUGUCAAAUGACCGGAGUCCCUCGAUCGAGGAACUGCCCCUGGAUCCGAAGCCAAAAGUUGUCGUCGACGGGGACAUAAAUGUACUUCAAUCGGCAGCACUUUGCGCUGAUUUUGCCAAAACAGAGGAGGUCGCGCCAAGGUUAGAGAAACAGUCAUCAGACACGGUCGUGCUGUUAAAGCCAGCAGCCGUCGACUCGCCGUCGGAGACGAGCGAGCACACGAGCGAGCAGACGCGUUGUGGCGGCGCUGGGGGCAUCGGAGGCGUCGGGGGAGUCAGCGUCAGCGGUGUUAGCCACAUCUUGCCGGCGAGUUUCAUAACAUCCGUGACGAGCAUCACGAGCCUCGAGGCCGGCUAUCAGGGAGAUGGGGAGAACUCGCGGCCCGCCAGCCGAGGACCCGAGCCCCUUUCCGUCGCCUCGGCCGCCAAUCUCAUCGUCAACGCCGCUUGCAAGUUAGUUCCUUGUCAAAUAAUCCUUUGGCCAUUGUUGCAUUGAAUAUAUCGAGUUA